AUGUCUUGGAAGUUGAGAAUCCGUCAGUCGCCGCAUUUCUCCGCUAUGCAAGUGUCCUGAGUAUGUACCCAAAGUUUCCGCUGGUUGUCGUAGUUCCUCUUUGUCGCCUUGCCUCCCCAUCCGCAUGCUGCCGUCCCUUUUUCCCAUCAUGCGCGCGUAUUGUUGUCUUGGCGCCUUUCAGUGAACCUGGCUCCUGUGGGCUCUUGGAGGAUCUUCAUCUGACGGGGUCCCAGAAUCUGACUCUCCUUUCCUACUCUCGCCAACCCUUACACACACCCACACACCCCAGUCAGACGGGCGUGGGGACUUCUUUCUUCCCUCUUUGGUGGAGUCGCGGAGUAGACUGGACUGGCCAUUGCUUAACCCAAGGAACCAAGCACCACCAAGAAAUCAAGCUAUGCAGGCCAAAGUAUUGUGUGGAGGCGAACUCCUUGGCCGCAGUGAGUGUGCUGUUUGUCAUGCCCAACCUCGUGAGGUGGCGGCGUCUGUUUGGGGGCGUGCCUCCUGCUCCUGGGUCCUAUCUUUGCCCCGGACUGGAGCGGGCACCUCCUGAAGGAUCUGUCAAGAUCUGUCUCCCGGAAGACCGAAAGGUAGGAUAAAGAGGUCCUCCGUCCCCCUUC